AUGGCAAAAAAACCAACACUACAUGUGCUUGCGGACGACCUCGAAUCCUUCUUUCACGUCCUCUCAUUACAGAUUUUGGAGUACACUCAGCACUCCAUGACUUCAUCUCAUUUGGCGAAUCACAUCCAAAAAGUGUACGAGGAAGUCGAGGAAGUCGAAGUGGGCGUUGAUUCCCACCAUCCCCCAGAAGGUGGCAAGUCCAAGAGUUGGGCGUUGAUUGUCCAAAGCAUGCGACUUCUGGCGGUUCCCAAUAAGGUACUUCAUACUUUUUUGGCUGACCUGGAGGAGGUGCUGCGAGUUCGCUAUGAAAUAGAACCAGUGGUUGAGGUCAAGAUAGACCUGAACGACAUUAGGCGGCUUGAGCAGGAAUUGGCUAAUACAGAGGGAGAAGGCUGGAAAAUAUUACGACAGGCGUAUGCUGCGUGGCAGUACACCAAGCACACCAAGUACCUGGAAGACCAUAACUGGAUUCUAGACCGUUUCAAUCGUGCAGCCAAUUUGGAGCAUGAAAUGCCGGAAAAACUCAAGUUAAACAAGACGAGGAAACACUUAGUGGAGGACCUUUACGAAGCUAGGACCAGGAAGAGGAAAAAUGAUGCCUUUUAUGAUAGUGAGGAUGCGAGGUGGGGUGAGCGGCACUGGUAUGAAAAGGAGGUGUCUGAGGAUGAAGUUUCUAUGUGGGAGUAG